ACGUGAGUUUGACGAUAACACUCGCAGACCACACUGGCCACAAUAGAGGAAGUAAACGGACUGAAGCUACUGUGAUUAUAUCGUGUCAAAGAUAACAAUUCAAGUAGACAAAAUGAAAGGACCUAUGGAUCAAAACUAAGAGCUAAAGCAUGAAGAUGAAAUAUUGCCUCCUAUUCUAGUACAUGCAGGCAUUCUGAAAGUUGGACAUUUCUCUGUCGGAAUACAAUGAUCAAAGCUUCGAAGACUCAUUAUUCAAUAAGAACACAAGACUGGUUCAGGUUCUGCCAGUGAGUCUUGAGUUCAUGAAGCCAAUGGUCUUCAUUAGCUUAGCUGUGGCCACUUGAGCCUCAAAAGAAGGUGAGGGUGCAAAACCUCUGUGCUGUGAAGAUCUAAUUGAUGCAAGCUGCUACUGGGAAGUAUAGGAAUAGAAAAUGGAGCCACUGAUCAGUCAGAUCCCCAUACACAGAAACUCAGCUCAGCAUAAGUGGGUGUCCUGCUGCUCUUUCUGCACCUUCCAUAGAUGGAUACCGAUUCUGACCUGGCUUCCUAAAUACAACUUCAGAUGGCUGCAGAUGGACAUCAUUGCAGGUGUUACAGUAGGACUCACCACUGUACCACAGGCUCUGGCUUAUGCUGAGGUGGCAGGUUUACCUGUGCAGUAUGGGCUAUACUCCGCUUUCAUGGGUGGUUUUAUGUACUGUGUCUUGGGAACAUCGAAGGAUGUGACCCUGGGGCCAACAGCCAUUAUGUCCCUUCUGUGCGCCUUUUACAUCGGUGGGGAUCCUGUCUAUGCUGUUCUGCUAUCAUUCCUUUGUGGGCUUAUCCAGGUGUCACUGGCACUCCUCAGACUGGGGUUUUUGUUAGACUUUAUCUCCUAUCCUGUCAUCAAAGGCUUCACGUCUGCUGCAGCAGUUACAAUUGGAUUCGGCCAGAUUAAGAGUAUACUAGGACUGAAGAAUAUCCCUCAUCAGUUCUUUCUCCAGGUUUACUACACCUUUCAGAAGAUUCCUGAGGCAAGGUUGGGUGAUGUAGUUCUAGGUGUUUCCUGUAUGCUUCUGUUGAUUGUUCUAAUGUGGAUGAAAAGUACACUACCGCCCCUCUCAGAAGAGCACACUACCCAUGUUCGAGUGGCACAAAAAAUAGUUUGGAGUGCUGCUACAGUCCGAAACGCAUUGGUUGUUGUUGGUGCAACUGUUAUGGUCUUUUCACUAGAGUCUGCCGAUCAACACUAUUUUACUCUCACUGGGAAAACCUCAAAGGGUCUCCCACCAUUUAGGCCUCCAGCCUUCUCUGAAAUCACACCAAAUGGGACAAUAGUAUCUUUCAGUGACAUUGUGCUGGAUCUUGGUGGGGGUUUGGCUAUUAUACCUCUGAUGGGUCUGUUGGAAAGUAUUGCAAUUUCUAAAGCCUUUGGAAGUCAAAAUAACUACCGUAUUGAUCCAAAUCAAGAAUUUUUUGCCAUUGGGAUCACCAACAUCAUAGGCUCUUUUGUUUCAGCAUAUCCUGUCACUGGGAGUUUUGGAAGGACUGCAGUUAACUCUCAGACAGGGGUGUGUACACCAGCAGGCGGUGUCAUUACAGGUGUGAUUGUGCUGCUUUCUCUGGCCUAUCUCAUGCCAGUUUUCUACUACAUUCCUAAAGCAUCUCUAGCUGCUGUCAUCAUAUGUGCUGUCACACCAUUUGUUGACUACCACCAGGUGAUAGAACUGUGGAGGGUCCGAAAACUAGAUCUGCUACCUUUUAUGGUAACUUUUUUGGUGAGCCUUUGGGAGAUCCAGUAUGGCAUAGUAGCAGGUAUCCUGGUGUCAGGAGCUAUGUUGCUAUAUCAUGAAGCCAGACCCAAAAUAAAGGUUACUGACCAUGGCUUUCUGCUGAUGGAGCUGGACAGUGGGCUUAGCUUUCCAGCCACAGAGCACUUAAGUCAUGUAAUCUACAACAAUGCACUUCAGGUGUCCCCUCCUCGCUCUGUGGUGUUAAACUGUCAACAUGUCAGCAGAAUUGAUUUUACCGUGGUGAAUGAACUCAGGAACCUGCUCAAACAAUUCAGACUUCAAAAUGUCACUCUGAUCUUCUCGGGAUUAAAGAACUCUCUUCUGGAGGUUUUGAAUGCAGCAGACUUGCCACAGCUCCAGCAUACAGAGAGUGUUGAAGCUGCAUUUGAGAGCCUGUUGGGUCAUACUCAUAAUGACUGAAAACCCUAACAUCCAGUCAGCAGUAAAGCAGAAUUUCUGAUCUCUACACAUUAUUUUUUAUGUCCCUAAAAUUGAUGUUACAAUGAAUGAUCCUAUACUCUACUAAAAUGUAUCUGUAUUUAAUUUGAUCAGUAGACUAUGCAGACAGAAGUUUGACUAAUUGUAUAGAUUUUAUUUUUUAAUUUAGUAAAACUUCCCAUGAAUUCCAGUGGCUUGGUGACAAGUCUUUUGAUAAACGAAUGUAUGAAAGAAAAUCUUUAUCAGAAGUUUGACUAAUUGUAUAGAUUUUAUUUUUUAAUUUAGUAAAACUUCCCAUGAAUUCCAGUGGCUUGGUGACAAGUCUUUUGAUAAACGAAUGUAUGAAAGAAAAUCUUUAUCUUGCCAUUUCUCUCUCUUUUGACACUGAUAUGACACUAUUUUACAGAUAUUGUUAUAAUUUUAUAUGACACUAUUUUACAGAUAUUGCUAUAAUUUGGUGAUUACUUAGUGCUACAGUAAAGUCCAUUUCUUGAAAGACCACAGGUCUCAUACUGUAUCAAUUGUAUACAGUAUAUGCACUCAAAUCAGGCACUUCUCUACACACAAAAUUGCAUUCAGUAAAAAAUGCUUGAUGGAAAAAACAUAACCCUGUAUAUGUUCUCAGUGGUGUAUGCAUUUAUAUUCUUGAUUUGCUGAUUAGUGACUCAAAACCGAAAUUGCUGCUUAAAAGAUACGGUCUAGAAUCAUUGUGGAGACAUGGAGAGGCUUGGUAGGUAUUGUUAGAACCAUUUUGAGAGCUGUGAAU